CCACGCACCCACGCCCGUCCUGGAUCUCACACACACACACACACACACACUCACACGGGGCAGUCACAGUGUGCAGAGCUCAGGAGACGGUCGACCCUCAGACAACUGUUACCUCCUCCGUUGAAGUCCCGAAUCACAACCAUGGGGAAAGGAUGCAUCACAGUCACCAAGUAUUUUCUGUUCCUCUUCAACCUCCUCUUCUUUAUAUUCGGAGCCUUGAUCAUGGGCUUUGGACUCUGGGUUCUCUUUGAUAAUCAGAGCUUCAUUUCUGUACUGCAGGAAUCGUCACACACGGUGAAAGUGGCUUCAUACAUCCUGAUCGGAGUGGGUUCACUGUCGAUGGCCAUGGGCUUCUUCGGAUGCAUCGGAGCCAUCUACGAAAUCCGUUGCCUGCUGGGUCUGUACUUCACCUGCCUCCUGCUCAUCAUCAUUGCCCAGGUCACCGCUGGAGUCCUCAUUUACUUCCAGAGAGAGCCGUUGAAAUAUGAGAUGGCCAACAUCAUAAAGGGCAUGAUGAUCAACUACACCGGGCAGAACAGAACCACAGAGCACACAUGGGACUUCGUUCAGAGGACGAUGAAGUGCUGUGGAUGGACUGGUCCAGGAAACUGGUCUGAGAACCAUUUGAUCAUGAACAGCUCCAGGAACCUUUACCCAUGUUCCUGUCGUAACGAGGACCUGCCUGGCACGGACAUACAGGAAGUCGGCCUGUGUGAGCACACGUCCCCACAGCUACCUGUCUACGAAACGGGCUGUAUCACCAGCGUGGAGAAAUGGCUCCUGGACAACUGUGGCGUUAUUCUGGGAAUGUGUGUCGGCGUGGCAGUCGUGGAGCUCCUUGGGAUGAUUCUCUCCAUGUGUCUGUGCAAGAGCGUCGUCCAGGAAGAUUACACCAAAGUGCCGAAGUACUGAGCUCAGGACAGAGCCAGCUUCACACCACAGAUGGAUUGACUCUUUCUCUCUCCCUCGCUCUCCUCGGCUCACAUUUUUUUACACACACACACACAAAUACACACAAAUGGACAGCUGUCUUCCCCCAUUCCAGCUUCUCCGGCCUCUACAGCUGUGCAAAUUUCUCACACUCCACAUACACAAACGCACUCACCUCUCAAUCAAACUUGUGUCGAUCAAGUUCACAAGUUACCAUUGUUGUCUUAUCACUUGUGUUUUCCUAUGAGACGUUUGUGAUUUUUUUGGACAGUUUGACAUUAUGGUCAUUCAGGUGUUGUGUUUUUCCUCGACCGACCUCAGAAAAAGCGCUUAUCUUAGUAGUAGUAGUAGAAGUAGAUGUAGAGAGAGCACUUCAGUGACGUUAGGUGAAGCUGAGAGCUGAAGUACCUUGGGACUCCGGGGGCAGUCUGGGAGACGAGAGUGAGGCGGGAGGGAGGGAGCAUGUAGGAGACGCUCUGAAGGAGUAGUGCCACUCUGUGAUCCUGCAGCUGGUAUUUUUGGUUGCAGAGGGUGGAGAAGAGGCGCAGGGCAGGGCUGCUGUGGUGGAGGGUUUGGCUUCUGUCAUCAAGACCUUGUACUCAGUAGCCUUAAUAUUAACCUUCACUUUCACCCUCCUCCUCCUCCUCCUCCACCCUCCCAGAAUCAAUCAUCUGUUGGCGUCUCUAAAUCAUAGCUCCUGUCCUCCUCUCGGGCGGGUCUAGCUGGUAGCCAGUGGCUCUCCAAAAUGACUAGUUUUGCAUGAAGUAAGUGUGUGUAUGAUGUAUUGUGUGAGUAUUUCAUGUCUUUUUUUAUAUUCCCAUGUUAGCUCUUUUUUUUUUUUUUACAACUGUAUAUAUAUCUAUGACCUCGGUAAGGGAUUACAAGCACCUUGGUGCUUUGUCAGCGUUUUAAAUAGGAAAGUUGUCACAUUCCCUUGUUUUAAGAGUGCUAUUGUUCUUUGUUUCCUCUCCGUGGCUGAUGGCGUACAGAAAGCAAAUCUGUCGUCGCUCUUAAAACUGUAUUUUCAAUUCGUUAGCACAGCAUUAGUUUGUGAACAGUCUACCGUAGCACUCGUCCUGAAGAUCUUUACUUUAAUUUAUUCUCAGUAACAAAAGCAGAGAAAACAGUCAGAAACCAUAUAAUCAUAUUUUCAGAAGGUGCUUUGACCAGAAAAUUACUUAUAUUUCCUCAUCAGUUUAUCCACUUCAUUUAACAAACUGAAUUUGUUCUAAGGUGUAGUGGAUACAGUGUUUCUAUGUAGUCGUAGUUUUUCAUGCCAUCUCGCACUAGUCACUUCCAAUUGUUUUCAUGACAAGAGAGAGGAAAAAGAGCGGUGAUCUUUUACAGUUCCAACCACCCUCUGUUUAAUGACCUGCCAAAAUGAAACGUUAAUUUAACUUAAUGAGAGAUGAAGGUUUUUUAUUGUGUGUUUAAAGAUGUUUCUACACUUUUUACAAAAAAAAAAGAAAUGAUUUUUGUUUAGUUGUAUGUCGGUCCCUUGCUGCGUCUGUAUGUGUUCUGUUUCUUAGCAGCUCUUUUUUAUGUUCUGUUUCCAUGGGGCAGCAGUUUAUCCGGAGGCUCAGUGCUCCUGUCCUAUCAGAAAGGUUCUUUCUGGCCGGGACCCCGCCUCCCAUUUGUAAAUUUGUUUUCAUUCAUCCAAAAUCAUCAUCUCUUAAUCUACAAAUGGAACUCAUGCACACACACAGCCACACCAAUGCCUUUAUUGAUGACCACAUCCUGCAGAAUCUUGAGUUCCUUUUUGUUUUAAUGAUAAUAAAUAAAAGUUUAAUAAUAAAAAAGUA